AUGCGAAUAACAUAUCGUACUAUUUUAAUUCUUCUUUUCGUUACUGUUCUUAUAAUGGCUUAUUGUAGUACUUCUGUGGAUGGUAGUGUUAUUCGACGUAUAACAUCACCUCGACGUCGUGUGCAUGUAGGACGACCACCAGUAACAAAACACAAGAUGAAAUAUAAAACAAAAACCAAAAUCAAAACCAAAACCAAAAUUAGAUAUGGUCCUAAACGACCAAGUCUCAUGAAAAAAAUAAAAGGACGUGGAUAG